UGACCGUGCACCCUAUUCGUUUUCAGUUUUCAGUUUCCUUCCCCUCACUCCUGCGUGCCUCUUUCUCCAUGAUUCCUCUGUUUAUCUUUUUUUGCUUCUCUUUCUCAAUGAUUCCUCAUCUCUAUUAACCAAUCUGUAUGCAAAAAUCAAUUCCAAUUCAAUUGACACAAUGUGCCUAAAUUAACCAACUCCAAUUCUUACAAUUGGUUUUUUUUGUUCUCUGUCUGUAGAAAGAAAGAUAAAGUUGCAGGUCCAGUUCUUGAGUAAAAUGGAAAGAAGACAAUACAUCUAAUCUGUCAAUGGUGCUAAGAAUAAAAACCACCAAUUCCAGUGGCAGAGGGUGAGGAAGGUCCAAACCGCUGCUACAGGGUCUCUAGCAGUGGAGGUUGCCUUAUGGUCUCGCCGCCCUGAAUUGACUGUACUCAACAGCGGCGGAGGGUGGGGAAGAUCAGAACUCGGGGGCUGCGGUGGAGAACGAACAAUAAUUUCAGCACUAGAAUUUUUUGAACCCUUGGACUUGGAUGCAUCUGACAGUCAAGAUUGCUGCAGAAGGGGCUGGACCAAAAUAGUUGCAGGAGAGGAUCCGGAUUCGAAGUCAUAACGUAAGCCAUAAUUGCAAUCUGACAAAAACAAGAGUUAUAGUGUCCGACAAAACAACGUUAAAAAGGGGAGUGAGUGAGGUAGCUUCUAUCUGUUCUCUGAACCUGUAACAUCCAUGGCUCCUCUGAAUGCAGCUCUCACAUAUUCAUGCCCAGCUCUUGCUCCUGCUCGACAUGCAAGAGAGCAACUAUUUCAGCACCAGUUCUGCAAAACGAAUUCUUUGUCAUCCAAUGAGUUGGGGCCAAGAACAAGUGUUGUUGGUGCCAGGAAAACUCAAGUUAUAAAAGCAGUGCUGCAAGAUAUAAAAAUUCCUGAAACCAAGAAUGUAACCGGGUUACGUGGGAAAUUGAAUAAGGUUGUGCUGGCUUACAGUGGUGGCUUAGACACAUCAGUGGUUGUCCCCUGGCUGAGAGAGAACUACGGUUGUGAUGUUGUUUGCUUCACUGCUGACGUUGGCCAAGGUGCACAAGAAUUGGAAGGUUUAGAAGAGAAGGCCAAAGCCAGUGGAGCCUCCCAGUUAGUUGUGAAGGAUUUGAAGGAGGAAUUUGUUAGAGACUAUGUAUUCCCUUGCCUGCGUGCUGGUGCACUUUAUGAGAGGAAAUACUUGCUUGGAACGGCAAUAGCCCGCCCUGUGAUUGCAAAGGCCAUGGUGGAUAUUGCCAAAGAAGUUGGAGCAGAUGCUGUCUCCCAUGGUUGUACAGGAAAAGGAAAUGAUCAGGUUCGGUUUGAGCUCUCUUUCUUUGCUCUGAAUCCCAAGUUAAAUGUUGUGGCUCCAUGGAGGGAGUGGGAUAUUACAGGGAGAGAAGAUGCUAUAGAGUAUGCUAAGAAGCAUAAUGUACCUGUUCCUGUAACCAAGAAAUCAAUAUACAGCAGGGACAGGAACCUUUGGCACAUAACCCAUGAGGGUGAUGUUUUGGAAGACCCAGCAAAUGAACCUAAAAAGGAUAUGUACAUGAUAACUGCAGACCCAGAGGAUGCUCCCAAUGAACCAGAAUACGUGGAAAUCGGGAUAGAGUAUGGUGUUCCUGUAUCAGUGAAUGGGAAGAGGCUUUCACCAGGAAACUUGGUUGCCAAGCUGAAUGAGAUCGGUGGAAGGCAUGGAAUUGGCCGAGUCGACCUUGUUGAAGACAGGAUUGUAGGCAUGAAGAGCCGUGGAGUUUAUGAAACCCCUGGUGGCACCAUCCUCUUCGAUGCAGUGAGGGACUUGGAGUGCUUAACACUUGACAGAGAAACACUUCAGCUGAAAGACACAUUGGCCCUCAAGUAUGCAGAGUUAGUUUAUGCUGGGAGGUGGUUUGAUCCGCUCCGCGAGUCCUUGGACGCCUUCAUGCAUAAGAUCACAGAGACCACAACAGGCUCAGUGACUUUGAAGCUCUACAAAGGUUCUGCUGCUGUGACUGGAAGGAAGAGCCCUUAUAGUCUUUACAGAGAAGAUAUUUCUUCAUUUGAUACUGGGGAUUUAUACAAUCAUGCUGAUGCUGUUGGCUUUAUCAAGCUUUACGGUCUUCCAAUGAGGAUUAGAGCAAUGAUGCAACAAGGCCUCUAGAUGGUGCUUGAUUUCUUUAUGGCUUUGUUUUAGACUAUGCUUUCCAAUUUCCAUGCACUUUGAUUUAUGUUUGUGGGAACCUUUGCUCUGAAUAAAACUGUUCUCACUUAUGGGAGCACAAAAUUCAAACAUUUCAACUCAAUCAAUUCAGACUCAAUAUUUAUCUUUGAAGCUUA